AUGAAUAAUACGAGAGAUAUUCGAGUAGUUGUAGCUAUCGACUUUGGCACAACGUUUUCAGGAUUUGCUUAUUCAAAUAAGAUCAAUCCAGAAACAAUCACCAAUGAUACAGUAAUGGUAAGAAAAUUAAAAUAUAGAUUCUUCCUUCGAAUUAUUACCUUUAGAUUAUUUCUUCUAAAUAUGAUAUUUAAUAAUAGGCCAGAACAAACAGGAGUUUUCAAAACCAAUACAGUACUAGCAUAUGAUGAUAAUUUACAAUUGGUAGCAUGGGGAUAUCCUGCAUUAGCCCAAGAACCACCAAAGAAGAAAAAACUUCAAACUAAACCACGAAAACCUGUAGAAUUGUUUAAAUUACAUUUGGCUAAUGUAAAAGAUGAUGAUAAACCACCUCUUCCUCCCGGUUUAGAUCCAAGAAAAGCAAUCACUGAUUAUCUACAUGAAAUGAACAAAUUGGUUUCAGAAACACUUAAUUCUCGAUGGCCAGGUAUAAGGUAUCCUCAACAAGUACGAUUCGUGCUAUCAGUGCCUUCAGAAUGGCAUCAUGACGCCAAAGCCAUUAUGAGAGAAUGUAUGUUCAAUGCGGGUUAUUUGGAGAAUAGACAGUCUGAAAAUCUGGAAUUCACAACUGAACCCGAAGCAGCUGCCGUAUACUGUAUGAAGAGUUUAACUGAACAUCACUUAUCUGCUGGAUCAUCAUUUAUGAUUGUUGACUGCGGUGGUGGUACAGUCGAUUUAACAACCAGAACCUUGUUGCCUGGAAUGAAAUUGAGUGAGAUUACUGAACGUAGUGGAGAUUUGUGCGGUAGUUCAUAUGUAGACCGCGAAUUUUUAAGAUUCCUUGGGAGGAAAUUAGGAUAUGCAGCUAUGAAAAAAUUAAAAGAAAAUCAUUAUGGACAAAUGCAAUAUUUAGUACAACAAUUUUGCUCACGAGUAAAGUUUUCAUUCAAUGGAAAUCCAAAUGAAUUUUCAACCAAAGAAUUGGAUAUCGAAAGAGUAUGUCCAGCAUUGAUGGAAUAUGUUACAGGACAUGCAAAGGAACAAAUGGAAGAAGCUGAUUGGUUGAUUGAAUUGGAUUUCUUAAAUGUAAAGGAAAUGUUUGAUCCUGUUGUCAAUAAGAUUAUUGAUUUGAUUACAAAACAAUUAGCAUCAACUGAACGAAGAUGUAGUGCAAUGUUUUUGGUGGGUGGAUUUAGUGAAUCUCAAUAUCUACAACAACAAAUUCGAAGACAGUUUAUGAAUCAAGUGCCAAUAAUUGCCGUACCAAAACAUCCAAUUGCUGCUAUCGAAAGAGGAGCCUUGGAAUAUGGGUUGAACAUGGAAAUCGUACAAACACGUGUAUUGAAAUUUUGUUAUGGAGUUGAAGUUAGUGCUAAAUGGGAAAAGGGUGACCCACCGGAACGUAGAACUCCCUCGGGGCGAAUAUUUAAAUUCCAUAGGUUGGCGUUAAGAGGUGUAGAAGUUGCUGUAGACCAGAAAUUUUAUUACACUGCUGGUCCUGUUGUGCCAAAUCAAACUGAUAUGACUUUUAAUAUUUUUAUUACACCGGAUAAUAAUGCUAAAUAUUGUGAUGAAGAUGGUAUGAAAAUGUUGGGCAAAAUGAAAAUAGACUUGCCUGAUCCUCAACGUGGAAAAAAUAGAUUGGUAGAAUUCACUUUGACUUUUGGUACUAUGGAAGUUAAAGCUACUGCUAUCAAUAAAAGAACUGGGCAAAUUUAUGAAAGUAGCUUUAUAUUGGAAUUCUAG